AUGCAAACAAUAACCUCGAUCUUCUACUUUGAAUUUCUCCUACUAUUAACAAUCUCUCUUUGCCAUUUACAAUCUGCAUUCGGCAAUCAUCAUUUCAAGAACUCGUUUACGGAACUUUCCGGCACGACAAAUCCCGACUGCCCGAGCAAAUGCGGCAACUUAACCGUACCGUACCCGUUCGGUACGGGAGCGGAGGUGGACCCCACAUGCUCUAUCAACCCUGUCUUCCACUUAAACUGCAACUCGUCUUUCGACCCUCCGAAGGCCUUCCUCGGAUCAGACGAGCUCGAGGUCUUAGGUAUUUACAACUCCGAAAUACUUGUCAAGAACCGACUUUCUUACACAUGCUACUACAACGACAGCCAAUCCGAAGGCAAUUACGAUCAAAACUCGGCCUCCCCGGCGAACCCCGGCUUCUUCUCCAUGAAUUUAACCGGGACGCCCUUCGCGUUCUCCAGCAAGAACAAGCUGACUGUCGUCGGAUGCGAUGACGUGGCGAUUAUGUCGACCGGAUCCAACGACUGGGAUUACUCCAUCAGCUCAUGCGUGGCGAUCUGCUCGAAAUCGGAAGAUUUAAUCAACGGUUCUUGCUCCGGGAUCGGGUGUUGCCAGUCUUCGAUUCCGAAGGGUUUGCAGUCCUUAUACUCCUCCAUGAUCACUUUGACUUCCCACAAUAAGGUCAAAUCUUUCAACCCGUGCGGAUACUCGUUUCUCGCGGGGCCCGGUAGCUACACGUUCGAAACUUCCGAUGUUUCGGAUUCGCCUUUCGGUAACAGGACGCUUGAAAGCGCUUCGCUUCUGAUCGAUUGGGCGAUCGGAGAUCGAACUUGCGAACAAAUUCUGAGUACGAACGAAAUGAUAUGCGAGGGUGAGAGCGUGUGUGUUGAUUCAGGUACCGGUCUUGGAGGCUACCGCUGCAACUGCUCUGAGGGGUAUUUUGGGAAUCCUUAUCUCAGUCCAGGCUGUCAAGGUUUUUCGGGUUUUUUUUUCGUAUUUUGCAUGAAUAUGUAUAUGCUAUAUUAUGUACUGAUAUAA